AAGGGGUUAACUAGUUGUGGGAGUUCUCCCUCUAGCCGAAGUGGCGCUAGUAGCUGCUCCUUCUAGUCCCCGAGGUAAAGCUAGAAGAUGAGAUGGCUGCCAGUUUUCAGUUGUCUACACUUUCUUUCUCGUAGAGGAGGACGGAAGUUUUUUCUUAGACGAGGGGGGACAAAGUCGGCAAUUAUUCUUUUGAAGGUCGUAGCAGGAUAG